AUGAAUAAAACAUCAACAUUAAAAUCUAAUUUGAUUGCGGAAAAGUGUCGAGCAAUCCUUCGAGAACGUUAUUGUAAUCGUACUCAUGAAUAUGGUACUUUUUCACAACAAAGAUGUUUACCAAACACAUACAAACACUGUUAUUCACCAUGUAUUGUCAAUAAUCAUCCAACACCAAUUAAAUGUUAUGGAAAACAACCUUAUUGCAAUACAAUAUCAGUCAAUGAUUGUUGCAUUGAUGUAAAUACUGCUCCUAUGAAACCUAUUUUAAAUAAACAAACAAGUCAUAUUCAAUAUUUAUCAAUACCAUCAGAUAAUUGUAUACAAAUGAUUACAAAUUCUAUACUUAAUAAAGUUCGAUAUAAAAUUUCUCAUGAAGAAAUAUCUCUUUUAUAUUGUUGUCUUCCAUCAUUAAUUCGACAAAUAAUGUGUAAAAGUCCAUGGUUAACACCAAAUGAUCUUAUUCAAUGGUUAAGUACAGAUAUUAUAAAAGAAGCAAUGACUGAUUUCGAUGAUAAUAAUCUUCCGAAAAAAUCAUCUACACACGAUCAUGAUAAUUUAUCAUUAUCUGAAGAUAUAAAAUCUCAACAAUCAAAAUCUAUUCUUGAUUUACCUAAUAAUAUUAUUCCUAAACAAUUAAAAAGUAAAGGUUUAUCAGAAUCUCAACAUUCAUUUAGUAGUCAACAAAGUGAUGAUCUUCAAUCAAAUAGUUAUAGUUCCACUAGACUUCCAUUACGAGAUAAUCAAAAUAAUCAAGAAAAUGAAAAAAAUACAAUCAAAUCAAAAAAUAUUGAAUCAGAUUUAUCUAUGAAUACAAUUAAUUCAAAAAAUAUUAAAUCAGAUUUAUCUAUAGAUACAAUCAAUUCAAAAGAUAUUGGAUCAGGUCGUAAAUUACAAAUAAAAAAUCAAUCAGCACCUGUUCGUAUUGAAUAUCCUGGCACAAAAGAUCCAAAAACUAUUCAAAAUGUAAAACAAUGUUUAGAUUUUUAUCAUAAAAUACGAGAAUAUUUUGAUGAUGAUGUAGCUGCUAUGCUUCUUAAAUGUUGUUUAUGUUAUGGCGAUUGUUCAGGAAAACGAUAG